AUGGACUACUUUUCCAAGUGGGCAGAAGCAGCUCUGUUCAGAGAGGUCACAUUCGAGCAUGUGAUCAACUUUUUCACCCACAAUGUUGUUUACAUUUUUGGUGAGAGUACAAAAAUUUACAAGUUUAUUGAUAGGAAUAAGAUUGAUUGGCGGUACUCGUCAAUAUACAAUCCAAGGGCAAAUGGAUUGGCAGAGGCCUUCAACACGAUGCUGGUGAAAUUGUUGAAAAAGAUCCUCACCAAGAACAAAAGAGAGUGGCUUACGAAGAUGGCAGAAGCACUAUGGGCAUACUGUACAACCUACAAGACGCCAAUCAAAGCCACUCCUUAUUCAUUGGUGUUCGGUGUUGAAGCCGUGAUCUUUCAAAAGCUAGAGACAUCACCUUCUCCAAUGAAUAAAGACUCAAAAGUUAAGAAAGAGACUUUUGUGACUGCACACUCAUACAAAAUUGAGCCGAAGAAGCUUGAAGUAUUUCGACAGCAUGAAGCUUAA